AUGGGAGACCUAAACACUAAAGAUCAGAAAUGGAUCAAGCAUUACAGCAGCUCCCACACGAUACUCCUCUUCGGAGAAGGCGACUUCUCCUUCUCGACGUGCUUGGCCAAAACUUUUGGCUCUGCUGUUAACAUGGUUGCCACUUCUUUAGACUCGGAAGUGUCCCUGUGGUCCAAGUAUAUUCGAGUCCACACAAACUUGAAAGUUUUGGAGGAUCUCGGCUGCACGGUCGUGCACGACGUGGAUGCAACAACGAUGAGCCAACACCCGCUUCGACCGCGUCGUCUUCAACUUCCUCCAUGCAGGAUUUCGUUUCAAAGAAAACUCCACCGAGCUCUAGUUCGAGGGUUUUUUAGGAACGCGAAGAAAUUAUUGGGCGAAAAUGGUGAAAUUCACAUCACCCACAAGACAACAUAUCCUUUCAGUGAAUGGAAGAUUGUGGAACUGGCACAACAAGAGGGUCUGCUUCUGAAAGAGAGAGCAUAUUUCUUGCUAUGGGAUUAUCCAAAUUAUGGGAAUAAGAGAGGCGAUGGGUGGAAUAGCGAUGGCACUUUCCCCGUGGGAGCAUGCGCCACUUUCAAGUUCUCAUUUAUUCACACAAAGCUUCAAUCCCUUAUCUUAUGA